UCUUCUUCUUCCUCUUCCUCUCCCAUCCACAUAACUCAGACUUGCCAGGAAGUUGCGAUGCUUUGACACACACAGCACGAUGGCAACAUGUCCCCCCCUAGGCCUUCUUCUACCAGCAUGAGAGGCCAUUGCCGGAAUACCCCACUGUUCCUGCUCCUGCUGUGGCUCCUCAUGGGCACCUGGACUGGAACAGUGUCGAGCCAAAAUGAGGGGACAGAAGAAGAAAGCCAAAUAGUGGAAGAAGUGACAGAAGACCAAGAACACGUUGUGGAGGACACGGAUACCUCAGAGCCCGCAUCAUCCAGCUCGGACGCCCUCCCAACGUUGGAGCCCUUGCCUAGCCAGGAGAGCGACAUGGACCCAGCAUUGGCACCAGAAAAUAAAACAGAAGAUCUCGGCUCAGGAGUGGACAGUGCAGGGAGCACAGAUGACCCCAACUCGCUGGACUCGACCUUGAGCCCCCAGAGUGACGAGGGUCUCAGCAUCACCUUCAUCCUCAUCCCGGUGGCCCUGGUGGUCUUCGUCAUCGCCAUCAUCAUGUUCACCCUCUUCCUCAAGCGCAGGUUCAAAAUGGAGGUUGCCGUUCGAGAGUCCAGAAAGGAGGAUCCAUAUCUGGAUGGCUCCAGCUCAGAGAAAGUGCCGAUGCCCAUGUUUGAAGAAGACGUCCCUUCAGUUUUGGAGCUGGAGAUGGAUGAACUGGACCAAUGGAUGAUCAAAGAUGGUUAAUGGCGUGGAAAAAGCAAACCACAGCACACCCUGAAGGUUUUUUUUGCUAUGGGGUCUGCUCAUCUGAGGGAAAUGCAGUCAACGUCAAAUUUCAUCCUGAGAAUUUUCAACAGAGAGCAACCCUGCGACAGAGCUGGCGAGAAGGUCAAAAAUCAAUCAAAACACACGUAUGCUCAUGCACAAAUUUGUAUUUAUUUUCUCAGUAUGCCCUCAUAUGAUGACAUCCCUCCCCCCAAAAAACAAACAAACAUUACAAAAGCUUUUUUCCCCCUUUAUUAUGGAAAAAAAGUCACCCUAUAUUAAACUCACACAACAAAACAACGAGUCAUAAACUCAUGUUAAAAGUCUUGGCUGGGGUUCUCCAGAAUUUUACUCAAUUGGUUAACACAGUGAAUAUAAGAAGUCUGCACACCCCUGUUCAAAUGGUCAGGUUAUGCGGAAUUAAAAAAAUGAGACCAAGAUAAGUCAUUUACAAAGCUAUUCCCACUAUAAAUGUGAGAGUUAACCUGUACAACUUAGUUGGAAAAAAAAGUUUUUAAAAGGGGAAGUAAAAAUAAACAAGUGAGAGAACGCGGUUUCACAAGUGUGCACACCCUUUUAUAUCUGGGGAUGUGCUCGUGUUCGGAAUGAACCACUCACUUUCAACCGCGUGCAUCGCGCAACGGCCGCCAUUUCAAGUAACCCUAAACAAAGUUCAGAUGUUCCAGCAAGCUUUUCCCGAAAGUUUUGGAGUUUCGGCUUACAAGCGAAGACCUUUCGCAGCAUCAGACCUUAAGGUGUCUGCUGGAAAGCAACUCAAAUGUCAGGAAACGCCAACCAGAACAGCUCCGAUUUUUUUUUU